CUCUGACUCUCUCUGAACUCUCUGAACUCUCUCUCUUUCUCUCUUCGGCUCGGAGCUUUCCCAGGCCGCGCCUGAAGGUCUCCGGGAGCUCCUAACAACACUAAGUGCAGGUUCGAUGCAGACGAUUUCACUUUGAAUUCAUGCAUUGCUCCUUUACAAGGCAUGCAAAUAUGGAUAAAGAAAAUAAAACUGCUGCCAAAGUUGAAGAGUCUACUGUUCGAAUCACACGAGCACGGUCCAAAGCCAUGAGCGGACCAGGAGGGACAUUCCCGUCCUCUAAACCUUCUUUUAAGCAAGGCCAGAAGCAUGAUCUACGGUCAAAGUUCAAAAGAGCAGCAUCAGAUGAGAACAAAGCUUCUGUGGUUGCCCCUUCUGGCACACAGCAUAAGAGAAGGGCAGUGCUGGCGGAUAUGAGUAAUAUCGUAUGUGACAAUUCACUUAUGAACCAUAUCCAUGCAUCAAAAAUUCAGACUAGGAAGCAGGCUAGAAGAGGUCCUGGAAAGAAGAACAAUAUGGUGGUUGCAAGAGCCACUCAAGAUAUGUCAGCUAUGCAAGGGGAUGCAAAAACAAAGUUAGCUGAAGAAUUGUCCAAAAUAAGGAUGGUGGAAUCACAAGAUGUCACCUUACUAGUUAAUUUAGAAAAGGAAGAGUCUAGCGAGCAAAGCAUGAGUAAUAGCAUGAGGGAAUGUGGUUUAGCAGAUCAGAUGCCUCUGGUACAGGCUUCCACAAAACCUGCUGGGCUCCAAAGUUUGCCAGAGAAAGAAGAUAUGGUCUGCAAGGAAUUGGGAACCUCAACCGGUCCAGACAUUGUGGAUAUUGAUUCGAACUUAAAAGAUCCUAAAGCCUGCAGCUCAUAUGCCUCUGAUAUACACAGUAAUAUACGUGUUGCAGAGCUUGACUGUAGGCCAUCAACUAAUUACAUGGAAAAGGUGCAGCGAGAUAUCACUCCAAGCAUGCGAGGAAUUCUGAUUGAUUGGCUUGUGGAGGUUUCUGAAGAAUAUAAGCUUGUUCCAGAUACACUUUACCUCACAGUGAAUCUCAUCGAUCGGUUCCUCUCUAAAAAUUAUAUGGAAAAAACAAGACUCCAGUUGCUUGGUGUUACUUGCAUGCUAAUUGCUUCGAAGUACGAGGAAAUCUGUGCACCAAGAGUGGAGGAAUUUUGUGUCAUCACAGACAAUACCUACAUGAGAGGAGAGGUAUUGGAACUGGAGCGUCAAGUUUUGAAUUUCUUGCACUUCCAGUUAUCUGUUCCCAGCACAAAAACAUUUCUCAGGAGAUUCAUUCAAGCAGCACAAGCUUCUUACAAGCUUCCUUCUGUCGAACUUGAGUUCUUGGCAAAUUAUUUAGCAGAAUUGACACUAGUCGAAUAUAGCUUCCUAAAGUUUCUACCUUCCCUCAUAGCUGCAGCUGCUGUGUUCCUUGCUAAAUGGACACUCAACCAAUCAGACCACCCAUGGAAUCCAACUUUAGAAUAUUAUACCAGUUACAAGGCUUCAGAGCUGAAAACUAUCGUUCUAGCACUCGAAGAAUUGCAACUGAACACCAACGGUUGCUCCCUAAAUUCUAUACGCGAGAAGUAUAGACAACAGAAGUUCAAGUGCGUGGCGACUUUGACCUCUCCACAACCGGUUUCACUCUUCUAUAAUCAAGAUAUCUGAUUCUCUAAUGGCUGAAUUGAAAUAUUUGAGGUGGAAGGGCUCUCUACAUUCUGACCAUAUAAGGGUGAUCCACAUCUCAAGUUACUAAUUUUACUGUUAAUUAAUGUUUACAAUUCUUGUUUUUUUUUCUUUCACAUUGCCGUUUGUUGUAACAUCUGAUCCAGAUCUGGUGCUUCCAGAUCUCGGCCCUUGUAACCUGAAAUUGUUAGAGCAUGACACAUUUAAGGCAGUAAGUUAUAUGCCAUUCGGCAGAAUAAUUUCUAAAACUUCCUAUCCCAUUGGAAGUUUUAACAGCACCUAGGAUUCCUGGGUUGCAAAUUUGUGACAGGAAAUGUAGCUAUUUGAGAAUUAAUGUAUCCAAAACCUUAUUAUGGAAA